CCCGCGGCAAUUGUAUACCAUCGUUUCCGAGGAAUCUAACUGUGUUCUUUAUCUCUAUUGGAUAAUUAGAGGCACUUUUUAUUUAGUCAAGGCCAAUUAACUAAGAUUGACACAGCUCUGAAUCUACUUAGGAGGGAGCAAAGCCAAAGCCGCGGAAAGAACUUUGAAGAUGCAAUCGCUGUUUCCUGCUUAACGAAACCCUUCUCUUUUGAAGCAGUUCUCAAUCUGAAAAUGUUGCAGAUUUGCCUUCUGAAAUUCCCUUUGCUUUUAGUUUUAUUUCUGACAGGUUUUCAAGAGAAAGCAUGGUCUUUCGAAGGAGAACUUUCAACCAUUUUGGGAAAACAAAGAAGUAAAGACCUCUCAAAUGCUCAAAUGGAGUCAGCCGUUGCUACACAUCACUUACCACCUCUGACAAAAAAAACGCAACCGCUGUACCUCCACUUUACACAUAUUCAGCAAGCAUCUUCAAAGAUAUCAGCUUCGGCUCAGAAUAAACAAAGAACUGCAAAACUAUCUGGGUUCCUACCCAACAGCAGGUUCAGACGGGAGCCAGACUUCAUCCCACCAGCUGCAGAUGGUCCUCCCUCUUUUAGAGACUUCACUACUGAAACACAUUUGGCCAUGCUGGCAGCACCGCAGCCCAGAGAGACUGGAGUGGUUGACAGUGUAGAAAUGAGAGCCUCAGAACAUAUAAGCUUGUCAGGAGAACUCCCUCUCUCGAGUUGGUUGGCAGAUUCAUCCUAUUUAAAGAUGGCUAAAGUGGGUCACACAAAUCAGCUUUGCACAGGGAUCCAUUGUCCACAAAAGGAUAACAAUGUGCCAUCUCAGCUUGCAGAAAUAAAGUCUGUAAGCAGUGCUUUUACAGAAGAAAUUGCCCUAGCACCAGCUUUUCCUCCAGCCCUGGAUCGAGGUCUUUCUGUAGACCAGGACACUUCAGUGUCAGAUACACCUAAUGCCAAAAUGGAGGCUGGACCUUUAGGUUCACACAGUAAAGAUCAAAAGAUUCAUAAAACCACAAAAUAUAUGCACCAUAAACUGUUUAAAAGAGAAAACAUUGACUUUGGACCCAGACUUGAAAAUGAUGUGUUGAUACCUAUGUUCCCAUUACCAGUGAAUAUUGAGAAAGUCACUGAAGGGUCCAGCACUGUGAGGCCAGGCAGCUGUCAUAAUCGGUCCCAUAAGAAAGCCACAAUCCAAGGGUUCCCUUCAGGGCAACCUGCCAGUUUGCUGGAAGCCUUGGGCAAGUCUGCUGGGGGUCUGUCUUUGAAUCAAAAUCUAGUGGUUGAUCCCAAGGAUGAAAAGUUUAAAGAUCUACAAUAUAGAAGAGCAAUUGCAGUUUUCACUUGUACCUCAAACCCUUCUUUAAGCCCAAAUACUUCUCAUAAAACACCCAGCACACAAAGAACAUUAACCAACAGUACUAGUACUUCAUCUAAAUUGGGGUCACUGAAUGUUGCUGGCCAUAUGGUAACAGUGAGCAGUCCCACUGAGUCUAUAACAACUCCCACUUUACCUUCUAACUUUCAAGGAUCAAUAGCCACCUCUCGGCAGGCUGAAAUACAAUCAACUUCAGAGCAGCACAAUGUCUGGGGUCAAAUAACCACGUCCAACAGAAAUGAAGAAACGGGUUCACCUGACACUAAAAGCACCAUCUCAAGUGGAAGAUCCACAGUGUCUGCAGUGCCUUCCAAGAUUGCUCCUACAAUAUCAGCCUUUCAUAAUGGAUCUUCUACAACAUUCCAGGGACAAGGCAGAAACCCUUCUCCUUCAAGCCAAAGUACUUCUCGUAAGACGUCCAGCACCCAAAGAACAUUAAAUAAUGCUACUAGUGCUUCAUCUAUAUUGGGGUCACUGAAUAAUGCUGGCCAUAUGGUAACAGUGAGCAGUCCCGUCGAGUCUAUUACAACUCCCUCUUUACCUUCUAACUUUCAAGGAUCAAUAACCACCUCUCGGCAGGCUGAAAUACAAUCAACUUCAGAGCAGCACAAUGUCUGGGGUCAAAUAACCACAUCCAACAGAAAUGAAGAAACGGGUUCACCUGACACUAAAAGCACCAUCUCAAGUGGACGAUCCACAGUGUCUGCAGUGCCUUCCAAGAUUGCUCCUACAAUAUCAGCCAUUCAUAAUGUGUCUUCUACAACAUUCCAGGGACAAGGCAGAAACCCUUCUCCUUCAAGCCAAAGUACUUCUCGUAAGACGUCCAGCACCCAAAGAACAUUAAAUAAUGCUACUAGUGCUUCAUCUAUAUUGGGGUCACUGAAUAAUGCUGGCCAUAUGGUAACAGUGAGCAGUCCCGUCGAGUCUAUUACAACUCCCUCUUUACCUUCUAACUUUCAAGGAUCAAUAACCACCUCUCGGCAGGCUGAAAUACAAUCAACUUCAGAGCAGCACAAUGUCUGGGGUCAAAUAACCACAUCCAACAGAAAUGAAGAAACGGGUUCACCUGACACUAAAAGCACCAUCUCCAGUGGACGAUCCACAGUGUCUGCAGUGCCUUCCAAGAUUGCUCCUACAAUAUCAGCCAUUCAUAAUGUGUCUUCUACAACAUUUCAGGGACAAGGCAGCAUUACUGUCCCUGAAAGUGAGCCUACUACAGACUCAUCUACUGCUAAAUCAACCUCUGUAUUCAGAUUGCCUCAAAGUUCAACCAUUGCAGCAUCAACUGAAGCUUAUACACAGUUUCCCCUAGUAGAUUCUCUUGUAAGCACAGCAUCAGUGCAUUCUGGAAUAUCGAAGAGUUCACCAACAGUGUCCACUUCUUCAACAAACACACUAUUUCCUAGUUUCCAGGGACAGGGUACUACACAGGAACCUCAGAGUAGAUCCUCCAGACUGUAUUCAAGUGCUGCAUUCAUAUUAUCUACGGUGUUUCCUACAAUGUCAAAGACUACUGGCCAUUCUAAAGGACAAACCUUUCCCAGACAUUCCACCAGUCCGGUAACACAGUGGCCUGCUGCUCAUAGCUUCCGUGGGACGAGCAAUCCAUUGACUGUGGCCCUCCCAGCAACACCCACAACAUGGAAGUCUGGUCUGUCAACCCAGCCAUCAAUGACCACUCACAAAGCCAUGCCUAGUAGUCAUUCUGGGAUGACUUCCGUUCUAGCUAAAAUUACUGGCUUUAUAAGAAAUACCUCGGUGCCAAAUUCAUCUUACUUCGUUUCCCAUUCCACCACAAACAAUAUCCUUUCUCUAACCACUGGUCAAAUAUCAACAACUGAAAGAAGCACAGCAAUGUCUAGCAUACUGGAUUCCGGAACAGCAACAGAGUCCACUGAACUUUGGACCAGUAAUACUGCCACCUCUACGGCCCCUGAAACCUCCACUGAGCUCAGUUCUCUGGUCCCGACAGUUACAUCACCAACAAGCAUGUCAGACAGGUCUACUACUGCAGAUUCUGUCAUUCUAAGGACCUUACCGGUACAGUUCAUGCUUGGUGUUGCUGGCACCGUAGAGACCCGGAAUAUGAUGUCUGAAAACCAGACUCUGGAGAGACAAGUUAAAGCUACUGGGAAAGGUAGCACACUACUCUCUGAAAGCGAGCCUACUACAGAAUCAUCUACUGCUAAAUCCACCUCGGUCUCUGGAGUGCUUCAAAGUUCAACAAUACCAAUAUCCAGAUCUUCAGUUUCUCCGAAUACUACACCACUUCCCAUAAGACAUUAUACUACAAAAACUUCAGGUACUCAAGAAAUGAGUGGCCCUCCAACAAGUACCUCUGUGUUCCAUUCAUCAACCUCCAUAUUCAAUUUCAACACAAGUGAUGGUCUUUCAACACUACAAAUUACAAGUGGAACUAAAACAGUGUUUUCAAGCACUGUACACACUUUAUCUAAACUACUUCCAGAGCUAUCAAAGACAACUGACCUUUCCCUAAAGCAACCCUUUGACACAGAUCCUACCAGAUCUCGAGGUAUCAGUGAAAUGGGCAUUCCAGUAAAAACACAACCAGAGCUUAGAGCAAAAUUAACAACAUGGCAUCCAAGACUGUCAACACAUUCCUCAUGGAUCACUCUUCAUUUGAUGGCUGGCAGCCAGUCGGGAGAUAUUUCAAUCACAGAAAAGCUUCCUGGUACCCCAAGUUCACAUUCCAAUUCCGCCACCAGUGAUGGGCUUUCAACAAAGUCAAGUACAUUGUCUGCACUGCAGGGACAACCCUCCAGGAAGACUGCGACUCAGCAUGUCAAUGGAUUAAGCAUUCCAUUGGCAAGAUCUGCUAGCCCUCGAACAAGGGGGGCAAGUCUGUCUCCUCUGUCCUCACUGACCACUCUCGAUGUUGGCGCUAGUACCCAGUCAGCUUCUACUUCAGUUACAGCAAAGAUGAUUGGCUCUCCGAGUACUCCUAUUCCAUGUCCUUCUUGCUCCUCUUCUCAUUCCGCUGCAAGGGAUGAGGUGUCACCUAAGGAACUCCAAAGUAAUGCAAAUAAACUGUUCUCAAGCACUGUAUCCACUUUAUCAGCAAAGCUUCCUAAAGUGUUGUAUACAGGGUCAAAAAUGACUGGCCCUUCUCCAGGACAAGCCUUUCUCACGGAUUCCACUAGUGAAAUGACUUCUCAGGCUUCUGUUGAGGGAGUUGAUGAAAUGAGACAUGAAAGUCUUCUAUCGAUGUUCAGGAAAUUGAAGCCUAUCCUGCUGACCCGGUCAUCGCUGACGAAUGUUGAUGUUUUAGGUACAAGCCAGCCAGUCAAAGUACGGAUUACAAGUAGGACUCGACAAACAAUUUCAUCUUCCUUCACAUCCUAUUCUGCCGUAAGUAAUAGUAUUUUAAGCCAGGGCACUAAGAGUAGAACUUCUAAACUAUUUUCAAUACUGGGAUUCACAAUAUCUGCAUUGCAAAGACAGACCUUUCCCACAGAUCCCAACGGUAAGAUGACAACUGACACUCCCACUUCGGGAGUUGGUGAGACAAGCAAUCCAUUGACCAGAUCUGCAGGUCGUCUUGGAACAUUCAUAAGCAUGUCAACGCAGUCAUCCAAGAUUGUCGAUUUGAUGGCUCGUAGCCAGCUGGGGUCUACUUCAGUUCUAGCCAAGAUGAUGGAAAAAGGGUAUGUUCUAAAGAGUUCAAGUUCAUCUCAUUCCACGUCCCAUUUCAGCAGCUCUCCCACAGAACCCACCGAGACUACGCAUUGGACGGGAACAAGCUAUCCACUGAAAAGCCAUGGAGGUCUUCCAGCAACAUGGAGGCAAAGACUGUCAACUCAGCCUUCACAGACACCUCUUGAUCUGACUGCUCGUAGCCAGUCAGGGCAUACUACAGUCAUGACAACCAUAAAGGGCUCCCCAACAAGUACCCCCGUGCCAAGUCCAUCUUGCUCCAUAACACAGGAACCCAGGAGUACAACGGCUACACUGUUCUCAAGCACUGCCUAUACAUUAUCUGCACUGUCUCCUGGCGUGUUGCCUACAGCAUUAAAGACUACUGACUAUUCUCAAGUCGGUGAAGCAAGCAAUCCACUUGCAAGAUCUGCAGGCCUGGAGCAAAGAGUGUCAAACCAGUUCUCGCUGAUAGAUGUGACUGCUAGCAGCCAUUUGGGGGCUACGUCAGUCACAGCAAAUGCUACUGGCUCUCCAAGUUCCCCAGUCCAAAGUUCAUUUUAUUCCCUGCCCCAAUCCAGCACAAGUAAUGGUCCUUCAACACCGCAACCUAGUACACAAUUUCUGAUUGCUAAAACAAUCCCUGCGUUACUGUUGCCUACAUUGCUUCCUGGGAAGUUCCAUUCAGUGUCACAAACUACUGACCAUUUGAAAGGACUAACCCUUCCCACUGAUCCCACCAGUAAGGUACCAUCUCUUCCUAACGGGCAAGCAAAGCUGACUUCAGCCAUAGGCUCUCUAACAAGUACAUUGGUGCCCACAUCCUCUUACUUGACAUCUCCUCCCACUACAGGAGAUGGUCUUUCAAUAGGGGAACCAAGGAGUAAAACGUCCAGCCCUGGGUUCAUGUUGUCUGCUCUGACUGUUAAGCAUUCUCCAGGACAAAUCUUUCCCACAGAUGCCUCCAGUGUGGUGACUGCUUCUCAGAGUGUCGGUGGAACAAGCAAUCCACCGACAAGAUCUGCAGGUCUUCCAGCAACAUUCACCACUUGGAAGGCAGGGCAACCGCCAAGUAGUAGUCUGUCUCUGCUCAUGUCAGUCAAAGCAAAGGCUACUGGAACUCGAACUACCUCUGUGCAAAGUUCAACUCACUUGGUAUACAAUAUAGCCACAGCUCCAGUGAAGGCCUUGCCGCUGCAGUUCAGGUUAAGUGUGGUUGAUGCCAGAGGUACUCGGAAGAAGGCUUAUAAGAAAAAGAAUCUUGAGAGACAAAUCAAAGCAACUAUGGACUGGGCUUUCACACGUCAGUAUGAUGGUACAUUUCUGGAAACGAGGAUUCACACAUUUUUCAAUGACAGUCUGGCCACAGUGCAUGGGGAGGUGGUGUUCCGACAGGAAUGCCAGCCCCCCACGAGCUCCGACAUCGUCCGAACCAUCGUCACGUAUGCCGAGCGCUUGCCUCCUGGGGGCGCUCCAUGGAAGAUUGAUAUCUGGUCUGUGGAGUCGAAUGGGUUCAGCCUGACAAACCUGCUUCCCGAGAAGCUGUCAGUCAGGUUUAUUACCCUGCAAAUGGGCCUUGCAUCACCAGGACUCCCUCAGAGUAGAUUUGACAUCCUCCAAGGGCUGAGCAAUAAGGUUGAAGAAGCAAUUCAAUUUCAAUACCCUGUGCAGAAGUUUAUAAUUGAUAAUGUAAGGAAUGUGCGUGGAGACCUGGAGGUUGAGGGGGCAGUGUUCCUCAACACCAGAACACACGUCAACUCUCAGGACAUCCUGCGCCUGCUCUACAGACUAGCCAACCAGUCUGUGGAUCUGACCAGCCUCAAUGUCAAUGGUAUUGGAGCCGAUGUCCAGAUUGUCCCUCUGAAUUUCCGGAUCCUAAACAGGAAGUACGAAACGGGCCUGCUGGAUCGCACUUCAAAAUAUUUUAAUGCUCUAGGAAAUGAAGCUGGCAGCAGUGUGUAUGCUGUACUCAAGCUACAGUACAAAACAUUAAUGCAAGUGGUGAUUCGAAAGUUUACGAAGGGCUCUGUCAUUUUGAUGUCUGACCUGGUGUUUGCUCCACCUGCUCCAACUCCUAAGGCAGUCCUGGAUUCUCUGCUGGACUCCAUCGAUUCCAAUGAGAGCCUGGGCGGGAGCGCCCUCCAUGUGGAUCGCUACUCUGUCAUAGCCGGGGGUGUGACGGUGGAAAGACCCUUCAAGGAUCAGAAUGUGCCAGGGUACGGAGUUGCCAUCAUUGUUAUGUGUGGACUUGUAUUGAUUGGAGCCCCAUUUCUAAUACUGGCGGUCCUACGUUUCGGAUUGUGCAGAGCCUCGAAAGGAGAGGCUGCUGGGAACAUUGAGAGGAACGUUGAUCAGGUCAGGAUGAAUAACCUCAACCCCAGCUCUUCUCGCACGUCCUCCUCCUUUGCCCUUUGAGGAAUGCAGUGCAGGUUCCAGUAAGGGAUUAAGCUCCAAUAUCUGUGACAUUUGCAUCACAUAUUCCACUUACCCAGGAAUACGCUUUCUUUUACUGCAAGAUACAUUUUGAAUGUUUUGUAUGUUAACGAUGCUGCAGUAACUAACAGAAUCCCAUUGUCUUGGUUUUAAAGGUGUCUUUAUCAAGCCUUUAAAAAUGCUUUCUUACAUUUAACAUAAUUCUCCAAGCCCUUGUUGUUUUACAGUCCUGGUGCACAGAUGUGCUAGCUUUUUUUACUCCAGUAAACACCUCAACACUCAGUUCAUGGUGGAAGUGCUUUGAUCUCUCUCUGCGUGCUGUGUUGCUUGUAAAUAUACCCCACAUUUUGUGCAACAUAGAACACUAGGGUAAGGCCCAGGUGGGAUCCAGUGUCCCCAAACACAGCAGGUAUUGACUAUCAUGGUUAGUGAAAAUAAAGUCUGAAAAAAAGAAGGGCUUGUGAGAAUGAGAGGUCCAAAUGAUUACUACCUCAUUACGGCAGUAAUGUGGUUUGAGCAAGAAGUUUACAGCGCUGAGCUCAAGCAGUGAUGCAGAGUGCCUGAGCCUCACUCCCACCUUGGUAUACAGAAAAUCACUAGAAAACAGUGCAUUCAAGUAUGUCAGUCAUGAUUUAAACAACAAUAAUAAUGUUCUGAAGCCAAUGUUCAGCUUGAGUGUGAAUUAACUUAUAUUGAGACCUGCUGCUAUUGUUCCCAAGUCUGUUCCAUUUUAAUGUAUGCCUGUGUGGAUGGGGGUGUCAUGCUCAGAGUCAUGGUGCUGACAUGCCAUUAUAUAUAUAUAUAUAUAUAUAUAUAUAUAUAUAUGAAUGUGUGUCAGUAUGAAGGAACCUCUUGUAGGCAGUGUCUUGGAACAGAUUGAUUUAUUACUUAUUAUUUAUUAGAAGAUAUGGCAGUAGUCAAUAUUCCUGCCAUAUCUUCUAUAUAGUGAUCUAUCUACAAGUGAAUUGGUAAAUUACCAGUUGUGAUAAAAUGAUGGAGCGCUGUGUAGUAUAGCUUACCUGAUAUUUCAAAUUGUUAUCUGUUUAUAUAUUUCUGUAUCUAAAUAUCUAUUUUUAAAUAAUGUAUGGUUGUAUUGUAUGUGACCUAUACAUAUUCAGUGUUAUUUAAAGAGCGUAAAGAUCAGUAAUAAAAUCUUAUUUGCACUGUG